AUGGCAAAAUGUGGAGUACUUGAGAACUACUAUGGUGACGAAGUUCUAUAUUCCAAUCAAAUCAAUGCAAUUAGUUCAUUGGAUAUAACCAUAGAUUGUCUAAUGCAUAUGUUAGUUUAUAUUCGUGAAUCAAAUAUUAAUGAGGUAUUUUCUCCUGUUGUUCCUGAAGAUAUACCUAUGAGACGUUUACUAGAAGUGGAAGAAAACCAUCUUUAUCUUACUAUCAAGAUCGUGAUCAUUAAAGAAUUCAAUAAUUAUCAAGGAUCCAAUUUUUGUGAUUAUCAAUAUUCACUUUCUAAUGUAUAUGAAUAUAGGAUUCUGAAAAGUGUAACCUACUGGAAUUUUAAGGAUAUUAUUUUUCAAACUUUAAACGUUCUUUCGGGGACAAAUACGAUUUUAGAUCUUUGUGAAUCGUCAAAAUAAGACCAUUCGACCUGAUUCUCCAAUACCAGAUCUUAUUUCAAUAUUAUUAAAUAAAUUUGAUUUCUCUCUAUUUAAAAUCUUUAUUAUGAUAUAUGAAUCCUUACUUUAUUACACUGAAUAGGUAUAGAGGAUAUUCAUAGAAAAUUCACUUCUCG